CCUCCUCCCCCCACUCCCCCAGCGGCCUCCCCUCCGCCUCCUCAGCAGCUGCCCCAACUAUCAGCCGCAGCAUCAGAGGCGCAAGCCCGCCCCGCCACCGGCCCGAGAAACGACCCUACGGCGCCCCAGCCUCCGUGUGGCUCUGGCGUCGGGGCGAGAGGGGCGCCUCACACGCGCUGCUAUUUCUCUUCUCCUCGGGAAUGCUCCGGGAUGCCGAGAAUGCUCCUCCCCCCCUCGUAUGGCAGAGGCAGUUCCGAACCCGUAUCUCUUGAGCGUGACGUGGAGGAGCAAGAGGACCCUCCGCCCGCCAGCAGCGUGGAGCGGAGGCCGCUCGGCACCUUUGUAAAUACUUGUCUAAAUCCUCAGCCGAGGGCGAGGGGCGAGGGCGAUGGUGGAACAUGUGAACGCUGCGGCGACGGCGGCGGCGGCGCCUGCUCUCCCGAGUGUGUGAUAAGAGGCACGUGUGGUAUCGGUAAUGAGGUGUGUGGCAGGCCUCCUGCGGUCGCACGUCACGCCGGAGGUGGGGAGGUGGCGGUGGGAGGGGGAGGGGUGCCAACCUACCAGAGCGACCUCGUGCACGCUCGCCCAGUGAGAGUGCUGGAGGAGGGAGAACAUACUGGCGGGGAGCAGUGCGCCCUCCCCUCGACAGGAGGAGCGAGGGGAGCGCGCGUCCGGGGGAGCGAGGGCCCGGCGAGCAAGAGGGAGACUCCAGCCUCGAGCGAGGGCCGAGCGCGGCGUGAGAGGACCUCAGUGUUAGUGGACGGGUGCGACCUGGCCCGGCGGCCGCACGGGAAUGAGUGCCAAGUGCUACAGCAGACUGGCACUGGUGGCGGGUGUGCGGGCAGUCGUAGCCAUGACACGGUGGGGGAGGCACACGCCCCGCGAUAUCCGGGGGCGGUGAUUGGUUCCGUGCUGGUGUCCGUGGGGGAAAUCCUGUGGGAGUAUCCUGUGCUUGGGAGUGACGAUGAGGCUGCAUGUGAUCAUGAGGAAGGUGAUCAGUGGCUAUUAGUGCUCUCCGAUCAGGAUUUGGAGGCGUGUUUUAAUAGUGAUGGUGAACUAGUGACCAUGAGCAGUGACAACGAGAGUGUAGCGGGCUCUCGCCCACCUCACACUUCGACCGCGCCGCAACAUCCCGAUAUAAAUAAGUGCCAAAGUUCCAUAUAUGGUUUUAAAAUCGCCAAAAACGAAAACGUAAAAGUAAAAAAAUUGUUGCCAAUAUUUACGAGCUCGAGAAGUUCAUCAAGUCAAAACAUUACCAACUCUGUGACCUUCCGCGUUAAGGGCGACUCGACGUGGCAGACCAGCCGUGCCAACAGGAACUCUGACGUGUGUGAUAUGCAGAUGUACAGGGGCUUCGGGGAAGGGGGGCUCCCGGACCUCGCUCAGGAGGCUGAAGGAGGAGGGGGAGCAGGCGGAGGAGGAGGCUCCUUCAUCAAGCUCUGCGGCGUGAGCCUGGGGUCGAGGCCAGCCUCCCCCGACCCCUACCCCCUCUUCCGCUCUGCCACCUUGCCCAGGAAGAUGCCGCAGACGCGGUACUCGUCCGUGCCCCCUGGCCCUCCGUCGCGGGCCAUGUCACCCCUCCUGUCGCCCGUGACGUCGCAGACCUUCGAGUUUCCGUCCGCGUCAGGUAUUCCGCCGGAGUUGCCGUCGGCUCAGGGAAGCUCGGCAGCGGUGCAACAGGACGAGUCGACACCCCGAAAUGGGCACAGUGAGAAUGCCCCUAGUACGCAGGGGGUUGCUGCCCGUACCCCAGGGAGCAUUAAUGUUACUACCACGGGGCAUAGUCGGCAGCAGGCUCAAGUUUCAGCCCCGAAUGGACCUUGUAAUAUAAUUGAGAUCAAGUCUUUGGAAGAGGAGAGUGAAACGGAAUGUGUGAAAGAGGGUGACAGUAUGAGUUCCACAAGUGGUGCCUAUGAUAAUUCUAGUAGUCAGUCAUUACCUCAUUUUCCGGGUGUACCCCAAAAUACACCAGAUAAACAAGAUAUAUGUACAGUAUCUAGUAAAGUGCCUUGUGAUGGUGACGCAAAAAUCACCGUACCCCUAUCCGGGAGCAACGUUGGUGGCACUGUUGGUGCCGCCUCUGGUGGCCCUGUGGCACCAGGUAGUGACCUAGAUGUGACUUGCGGAACUACCACAUGCGCUCAGCCAAAACCUGUUGGGAAAGCCACCGCGAGUAUUGAACAUAAACAGCCGCUUAGUUCCGCCUCACAAUCAGAAAUAGCUCAAAAUGAUAUUAGGUUAAGAGAGAUGAGAACGAGUGGACAAUGUGAGAAUGACCCCCCUCGGGGCGCUGCGGUGCCCCCGGACGAAGGAACGACGGCUGACGGUAACGCAAUUAGUGUCGCGCCCCUUCCACGCCUGCAGGAAGGGGACGCGAAACAAUCUGUCGACGAGAAACUUGUUAUUAAUGAAGAGGCAGAGGCAAACACGUGUCUUAGAAUCGUCGAGGCAAUCGUUCCUCUGCCGAGCGAUUUCCCCGCCCAGGUGCCUUCUCCUUCGCCAUCGCUCGGUCAGACUUCCACGACCUCGUCAGGAGAAAAGGCAGAGCCAGAAACUACGGUUAUCACGGCAGACUCCCGUAGCCAAGAGCGCUCUCAGAAGGGCGGUGACGUUAUCGCCUCCGCCCUUCCCCCGCCGGAGACGCUAUCGAAGAAGCCUGGCGAGGUUCGUCUGCCGGUGAAGCCGGCUUCUUCAGAAGUAGAUAAGAGAUUGCCCUCUGCUGCUGCGCCUGCGUCGGGAUCGUUGUCCGUCACGAGCAGUGAUGCCACGAGUGUCCCAGUGUCCCAGGAGUCACGCCUUAAUGAGAGCAAGCAAGAAACCGCGGGGCAAGAUUCUCAUUACACUCCAACGACAGCUGAUCACCGUAUUGCAUUGCAAGGGCACGUGCACGGCAACGAGGACGGUAUUAGGGACGUACAAUGUGAAGCGAAAGAAUCACAAGCGAGUGACAUAAAAACGGAUAUAAACAAUACGACUAACCGCGUGCGGCAGGGGCACAAUGCCGAAAUAUUACAGAUAACGGAACCAGUGAAGGAAGAUGCAACAAGUACAGAGAGUGCCAAAGUGGUUCCCUCGCCGGUGAAACUUCCCUCGUCACCUUAUACUCAAGCGCCGCCUCUGCAAGACGUUUCUACAGGAUUGCAUGUUGCUCAGCAGUCUUGCAGUCGUGAUAACGAGCUCUCCAUUAUAGAAGUCAGUUGUACAUCGCAGAGUAUCGAGAAGGAAGCAACUGACGACAUACAAACGCGCAGUCACGAACACUCCAUCGCUUGCAGUUCAGCAACUGAAAGCGCCUCUUCUUCUCCAGGCACCGCAUCUGCCUCGCAACCACCUGCUUCAACGUCUGACAGUGACAGUGUAGAAGGAGAAAGUAAUAGAGCGCAGACGGCAGAGCAAACGCGAGCCUCAGUCGGUGAAGACGGCACGAAAGCUCCGUGCACGCCGACAUCCUCCUUGGACGUCGUCGGGGAGGCGCUUGGUCACGAGGCCGUCCGUGGCGAUUCCGCGAGGUUGUCUGAUUCCGGUGCAAGUGAUGUUGACGGUGCCAGUGAUAAGCUGUUGGUAACAGAUAAAUGCAUUAGUAACGAGACGAAGGUACGGACGGUCACGCCUCCGGGUCUGCAACGUGACAGGUCCGCGGGGAGUAUCGGCGGCGGCAGGGGAAGGACACCGAGCAGAGAGGAGAGCGUGGGCGCAGAGCCAAGUGCGCCUACAGUGGGUCGUGGGCCGGGGAUCAGCGAGCGGGCGGCGCUCAUCCGGCAACAGGUGUGCGUCCGGCCGCGUUCGCGAACAACUCACUUCCCGCUGGAUAUCGUGUGCGGUACUAAGCUGCAGUACCAGCAAGCGCGUACCAAGUUGGACCCUCCGGACCGAGUUGUGCGGCAGAGGAACUCCUCGCUGGGCCACGUUCAGCCCCUCGUGGUCGACCGCGACGCCACGGCCCGCUCCAAGUCUGCGUCGCGGAUAGGCUCGGGGAGCUCGGAGGCCGUUGCAGAUUGCCUACGCGCCUCGCAAGAAUACGGCGCCGGGCAGGAGCCACGCGAGGCGCCCCAUGCGGCGGUGAGGUCGGAGUUCUGCUCGCGAACGGAGCGCGCACUGCCACCCAUUCCGCGACCCUUCAUCGCGCCCCUGGAUGCCGCUCUCAAAAACAAAAUCAAAAUGACGAUCGAUUCGUGUGGAGAUUCGUGUUCGGGGAGCGAGUCGGCGGCCGGGGCUGCGCCUCACGCGCGUGGCGAGCCGCACUCCCCGGCCGUUGACCGUCGUGACUUGGGAAAUGAAAGUUCUGUGCCACUUAUGAGGGAAAUUGUAACUCAAAAUAGGGAAGCCGAGUCGCAGCCUACGGAGAACGGUGUGGUCCAUGAUGUGAAAAGUGUCGACGAGAAAAACGAGGAGGAUAAUGGACCGCCAGCUUGUCAAAAUGGAGCUGUCGAAAGCAAGAAUGAAAUAUCUAACCGUGGAAUUGAUAUUAUUGUAUCCGGACCCGAGUGCUAUGAAAAUGAAACGGUCGUUAAGGACGUUGAUGAAGUGAUAACACUAGUAUUGAAAGAUGAGAAUAACGUAACAAAUGCCAGAAAUACCGGUGACGUCAUGGGUCCACCUGUUUCGAGUAGCCAGCCCGAUGUCAUACAGGCAUUAGUUAGUGAUGAGCCACGUGGGGUAGGACCACAGGCAGGUGUUAGUGGUCGAAGUGAUUCAGGAGCAGUUAUUAGUAAUCAAAACGAAGCCCCGCCACAACGCAUAGCUAAGGGUAUGACUAUUAUAAUGCUACCGGCGGUCAGGGAUCAUACCGAUGCCCCAGCUGCCAAGGGAGAGACUGAUACUACGUUAAUAAGAGAUUCUAGAGUCGAUACUGAUGUCACACUACCGUUUAGCGUUAAGGGUGGAAGUGAUGUCACGCAGGAAAAAGCUGUUAAAGACCAAACUAAUUCUAUGAUGUUGACAUAUGUCAGAGAUCAGGCUGAUGUCACGCAACUGACGGACGAUGAAAAACACUCGGAUAAGGUGCUUCCUUCUUCUGUAAGUGAUGUAACACCACUAGAAGAAAUCAAAGUUUCUGCAGACGUUACAGUAGUCCCCAACAUCAAGGAUUCCAGUGAUGGAGCACAUACGACCGGGCCCUCAGCGAAGGAACCCCUUGUAAGUGACGGGGCACCGGCACCUGCGACGGGGCCUUCUUCGAAAGAGCCCCACAUCAUCCCCCGACGAUCGCAGGGACGGAUGCCAACCCCGGUGUGCCUCCCUCCCUCUCGGGCGAGCGGUGGCUCUGGCUUCGGGCCGGAGUCCUGGCUGAAUGCAAUCCCCCUCAAGUACGGCCGGGAGGGCGAGAGGCCCGCCGCGAAGACCAAUAGCCAGAGUGUCGAGGGGAAAAGCGUGAGGUGUGGUAAGGAUAAUCUCUCCGAAGGGAGUGUUGUAUCAGGCGGGAAAGCAUCUGCGGGGAAGAAUGAGUUGUUCAUCGAAGAAGGCCACGUGGACGGCGGGAGCGAAGGCAAAGAAGCUGGGGUUUCCGCGACGGGGAGCUUGCCUCGAAGGCGCGCGAGAGAUUCGCUUCUGCUUAGUAAUCAGACAAACAUUCUCUUCAUUGACGAGUCCUCCCCAGACCUGUGUGAUCAAGAAGUGACGUCAACAACAGACAUCAAAUGCGAGGACAGAAGCGAUGUCGAUGUCGAGGAGAGCGCCUCUACCCCUCCCUCGUCACCCCCCGAACCACCUCGUCCCCCGCCACCCCCUGCUGAGUUGCUGCAGCCAGGCGUUUGCAUAACAGGCGGAAGCAUUGAAGAUGGCAACGAAGAUGGCCGGAAGGAUAUUCGUCCGUCAAUUUCGGACGAGUUUGAGGGAUCGGUUUUACCUUCCCACGCAAGACCGGUGGACAAGCCUGCUUCACGAGACGACGAACAGGGUACGUCGCAGAGCGAGGUGAGCGUCGUGGUAACGAGUGUCGAGGAAGUACCCCCGCCCCCUCCCGUGCCCCCGCCCCCUCCGCCGAGGGAAUGUGAUCGCCGCUAUUCCUUGCUAGGAAGAGAAGGAUCGCAGGACGACUACGAACAGGCUCUGGAGGUGGCCACGCCGGAUCCUGGCCACGGGUUCAGUCACAGCUGCACCAGCGUUGCCACGGUUGUUCGCGUGGACACCCCGAAUCAGCAGCCACCCAGCCGUCCUCCUCCGCCCGAGGACGAUGAAGCAGAGGACGUUUUCGUUGAUGCCAGCGACGACGUAGCGCUGGUGGUCGCGGAUGCUGAUGCAUCGGAUCUUCCGGAGGUCGAUCAACACCAGCAGCUCCAGGCCUCCUCUCCCACCCUGAAGGAGGCCUCGCCCGCAACUUCAGAGCAUUCGGCAGGAGAGGCAGGCUUCGGGAAGGGCGCGCUCUCGCACAGCGCAUCAGAUACACAUUCUUCCGGGAUGUCGGGUACUUCCACGGCUGAUAUGUCGGCAACGUCAUCUCGCAGCAUGACGGGAACGCAGUCAACGAGCUCGUCGGGAGGCAUGGCCAAGGCAGUGAGAGCAGACGCAAGGCGCCCUCUGGUCCUGAUAAGGAAGCCCGGGAGCGACGCCCCCGAAGACGGCUCUGUUUCGUCCGGCGGCCACAUGACCGACCCUGACAUGUUGGCCUCCGCAUCGGCUUCGGCCUCGUCGACGGGGUCCGAGACGUCGUGGACAUCAAGCGGCGGCCCGGUGGCGCGACGAGACCUCCUGCCGUUGGACGAGGACGAGGACGAGGUGCAGUGGCGCGCCCUGUUGGCCGUGAACGCGCCGGAGAGCGAGGAGGAGCGCACAGGUUACGAGAGCGAUGAGGACUUCGACACGAUGGACGCCGAAAUGCGGCGCCUGGAAGAGAAGCUGCGCAGGUUCGAGAAGGAGCUGGGCAACGUCCCAGAGGACUCGUCAGGCGCCAGCGAGACCAAAUUGAAGGCUUCCUCGGGCGGACCCCCGGGCCCCAUACUGCGCUCGGAGGACCUCGAGGCUCUCCGGAUCUCCCCGCUGCCGAAGGUGUUCCCCGCUGUCUGCAGGGCCAAGACCAAGCACCUGAGUCUCAUGACCAAGCUCGACCUGCAGCAGUACGGAGAGUCGGACAGCGAGUCGGAUAGCGAGUCCGAUCGGGUUUCCAGCGACUCGGACUCGGCGGACUUCUUGUUCGUAAAGACGAAGAUCAAGCUAAAGCCGGGAGACCGAAAGUGCCGCUCGCUCGAACAGAGACGCUCGAAGAAUAUGAACAUUUUGAACGAGUCUCGCGAUGCAAAGAAGCGCGACCAGAAGCCCUAUGUUUGUGAGGAUGGGCUGGACCUGAGCAACCUGGCCAUCCCUCGGGACCCGGCAGAAGACGACUCCUUCAGCGUUGGCUACGAAGACCAAGAGAAAUUCGACAUUCCUCCUCCUCCCCCUCCCCCCGUCGGGUACAUCCAACAGCUCGGCUCGGACUCCGACAUCGGGAGAAACCCUACACUACCGGAGGGUCAGGGCGAGCCUUACCCCUCCGAGAUGCCCUCUGACGAAAUGCUGGACGACGACAGCACCAUGUACUACAGCGGCGAGGACCAGGCGCUCCUGGGGUACAUUUGGCAGGAGGAGGACGGCAUGGCAGCGGUCGACUUCGAAGGAUUAGAGGACUUCCAGAGCUUCAAGGGUCAGAGCGCCCUCAUGUUCAUGUUUGAGGACGACCUCGACGACGACGCCGAGGCCGGGGAACAUAUGGACAACGGCGACGUGAUGGAGUACGAGGUGAAGCAGCCCGCGGUCGAGCCACAAGUAUGCGACGACGCCCUGCCGGCGGAGCCUCCUGGCGGCGCCCCUCCGCGUACUCGCCGGGGUUCUCAGAAGGGCUCAGACCGAACGUUUGUUUCUGCAUUUAAAAACAGCUUAAAGAAAGCUAGCAAGUAUCUGGGACCAAAACUAGAGAGUUAUCAGAAAAAGGAGGCUAGCCACGGCGUCGGCCCUCAGCCAACAGACUGGUCGGCCAAUAGUAAUAAUAGUAAUAAUAAUAAUGUAACAGCCAAUAACAACAAUAAUAACGACAACAGCAACAACAACAUCGACAAUGAUAAUACCAACAACAACAACAACAACAACAACAGUGAUAUUGGUUUAAUAGAUGAGACUAGUCUACCGCCGACAUAUUUCACACGACGCUAUUCGGGCGGGCUGGGCGAGGGCACCGCGGGCGUAUACAACGUGCAGAGUGGGCGCGUGGCUCCGGCCUCGGCUCUCGCGCACCCGAGUGAUAGCGAAGGCCCCGACCGCCACUCUUGCAGUUCGGGGGAGUACUACGCCGCGCCCGCCCUCUGCGUCAACACCUCCGAUGAAGAUCCCCCCGCUCCUCCGAGGCGCCCUCAGGAAACCCUCGGCCAGCCCCCGGCGCCUCCCCCGAGAUGGGUCCAGCGAAGGUCCUACGUAGCUAAGGACGUGGAUUCGGAUGCCCUGAUGCGCCGGCUCUCGCAGACCUCCCAGACGUCCCAGGAAGGAUGUUGGUUCAACACGCUUCCUCCGCCCAACACGGCGCCCCUACCCUCAUUCCAGACUCCCGUGGGCACGUUCUUGCCUCCCCACCAAGUGCCCCCCCUCCUCCUCCCGCUCAGCAGCCAGCCUCUGGCUUCGACGGCGGUAACAGCCCCCGCUCAGAUCUCGGGUUUCCAGGAGGAGAUGCAGUUCUACCUCGUGGGAACUCCGAACGCGAACAUCGACGGUGCGGAGCCGGAGGUUCGGCGAAGGUCUAGGGGCACUGCUGAGCUGGAGGAAGUGCGGCAGAUGGCGCUACCCGUGUCUCCAAGCCAUGCGGAUUCGUGCCCUCCGCCGGUGACGUGGGCUCCCGGCUACUAUGACAAAUGCUCCAAAAUAGACAAUUUUCCGGGUAUGGCCCCGGCCUUCUGCCCCAACCACGGCAAUCCGGACGCCGUCGUGGACCUUCCCCCGGGCAGCGGGCCCCCCCUCUCGCCCACGCACAGACCGACCUCGGUCAAACAGCUCAAGCGGAAGCAGCAAGAGAAGGCUCUCCGGCAGGAGGCCGAGGAGGGCAUAGAAGGCUGCACCUUCUGCGUGGGCGUCCCCCUGAUGCGCUCGCGCCCGCCGGAAGAUAGCUCCCACUGGCGACAAUCUAGCCCGCACCCCCGCGCUAUCACCGAUCGGCGCUCCUGGCCGCCCAGAGUAAGUUGUGUAGCUCCGCUCACGCGCUGGAGUCUCCCCUUCCUGCCCCGCAGUGUCUCCCCCCAACCCCCCAGCACUGCAACCCCAGGACAACCCUGCCUUUUCUUACCAGGGGAUGUGGCGACACACACUGAUUCUCCUAGGUCUCACCCCAUCCCUGCUGACCCACCCAGCUGUGUUCAGCCUGUGUGUCCCGCUAGUGUCUGCUGUGCUCCUGACCGCUUGUUCUUGGGCAGCAGCGACUCACUGAUAAGUGUGAGUGACGUCCUCCUAACCGAGACCUCAGCCUAUGGCUCUCCGAACCUUUCAUCCUCAGAUUAUGACAGUGACCCUUAUUGGACGCCCAUAACACGGCCCGUCCACUUCCCUAACACCCCCAAAACAGACGUGUUGGCCCCAGUAACCCCUUCCUCGCAGCUGGUGAGUGUGACCCCGCCUGCCAUGUCCCCGUGCCUAGCCCCUGAACCCUGGGCAUGCCCGGUCGAGACCUCGUUUCAGAGUUGCCCCUCGCAGAAUUUGUUCUGGACCCCCACACUGUACCCCCAGCCCUUUGGCGCAAAAGAGACUGGACACAAUGCUCAAUACUGGUCACCCGAAACGGACACUACCUUUAAUCCAGGUCACGAAGGACAGCCGACCUCACUAACUACAGAAUUCUGGACACCCCAACUGGACACACUAUCCUCCGACCACCACCGCCACUGCGGACCGACCCUCCAUGGUUCCGAGUGUUGCCCCUGUGUGAACCAGCCCGUAGAAGGCAGCACCAGUUUGCCCCAACACCACCCAGGUACCACACACCUGCCUGAGGGAACGUGCUGCCCACCGCCUCCACCGCCCCAGCCUCCGCCUCCCCCUCCACCCCCACCCCUCCGUCCCACAAUUCGGAGUGCGUCCCUUAUCUGCCUCGAUAACCCACUAACCUCAGUAGCCGUAGUGCCCUUUUGCAGUUGCCCGCUACUAAUAUUCAUGAGUAUACUGGAUCUUACGAGAGAAGAAUUCUUGCGGGAAGACUCCACUGCAUGCAGCAAUGUCAAGGACGGUGAGGACGCCGGGCCGCCCCCUCCCGCCGCCCACACUCGCCCGCCGGCGUGGUGGGCGGCGACCAGCUCCACCUCGUCCGUGGACUUGGAAUCCGCCCUCAAAUACAGUGCAUCUGAGAGUGAUGUCGAUAGUGACUUUGAUUAAAAUGAUCCAGGAGUGUCAACGCUAGAACAUAAAAAGGGGAGAU